CGAGGAUGUCGAUAAAUCAUUAGUUAAUCACCAAAAUAAAGAGCAACUAAAUGAAGUUAUAGAUAAACUUCAGAUAGAAUCCUUAAGCGAUCUUAAGAAUGAUAUAAAAAGAUUAAGUCUUUCGAUAGAACACUUUCAUGAUUUAGCAAUUAAUGAUCAUCAAAAAAAUAUCUUAGUUGAAUCAUUUAAUUACUAUUUGGAGAAAAACCAAAUAAAUGCUAAAAGCUUGGACAUAGAUGAUCUAAAAAUAUACAAAUUUUUAAACAAGUGCUUCUUUAAAGAAUUGCUAAAUAAAAAUGAUCAUAAUGCUCAACUAAAAGAAAUUAGAAUGCAAGCAUUUAACCUUGAAUUAUUCUAUUUUCAUCAAAGGGAUAGAAUGAUUGGUGAUGAAACCUUUAGAAAAGCUAUUAAGAAGAAAGAGGAUUGGCAUAAA